UAAAUGCUUCGGAAAAAAAUCUUCUGAUGAGUUCACCAUCACCUCUCAACGUGUUGAUAAAUCCACAAGCUUUGAAUCAAGCAACCGGCGCAUCACAGCAAUGUGGAAAUGUGAUUUAUAUGAUUCGUGGAGCUAGUAAGACAGAGAAUGGAAGCAGUCAGAUUGUGAUUCAGAACACUCAAGAGUUGUUGAAUUUACUCAACAAGAAUCACUCAAAGUUUGUGAUCAAUCAGAAUGUCUUGGAAACUUCCGAUGCCAGCACUUCAAAUGAACUGAAAAUAGAAACAAAAGCUUGUGAUAAUGUUAACAAUCACCUCAACUUGCAACAUCUCUCCAAGGAUGGUCGGAUCGUAAUUAAAACUUUAGAUAAAUCUCACUCAUUUCUGGUUGUUCGAAAUGGAAAUCGAAGCUCUUCGCUUGCAUCAUUCACCGAAACAAUGAGAGCGGAAAAGGAAGACUCGAAAACAUCUCAAACUAAUGAAGUUGUUAAAGAGUGUGGUGAAAGCGUCGAAGUACAGAAGCUCAUUCCCAUCGGAUCGGAUGGGGAGCCCAUAAAACUUCCUGAGAAUUUGGAAAGUUUGCCAAGAGCAGAUCAUUUUCCCAAUAUUCGACACCGAUGGAACACAAACGAAGAAAUCGCUGGGAUAUUGAUAAAUUUUGAUAGACAUGCGGAAUGGCAAUCAAAAGAAGUUAGAACGAGACCGAAAAGUGGUUCAAUGCUGCUUUAUUCACGUAAAAAGGUGAGAUAUCGACGCGAUGGUUAUUGUUGGAAGAAAAGAAAGGAUGGGAAGACAACAAGAGAAGAUCACAUGAAGUUGAAGGUUCAAGGAACGGAGUGCAUUUACGGAUGCUACGUUCACUCAGCAAUUCUCCCAACUUUUCAUCGUCGCUGUUAUUGGCUUCUGCAGAAUCCUGACAUAGUUUUAGUACAUUAUUUGAACGUUCCAUAUCCAGAUGACAGAACACAACAUAAUAAAAUGGUGAUUCCAUCAAUUUUGUGGAGUGACAAGAAAGAAUGGACGAAGGAAGAGUUGCUGAAUCAAUUGAAGCCAAUGUUUUUUAACGACGAUGAUCCCGAAGCAUCGCGUGAUAUCGACACGACAUCGGAAACAGUUGAAGCAAUUGUGUCCCAAUUGAUCGAGAAGCAAAGACAGUCACGACAAGCGGCACUUGUGAAGCAACUUUCGAGUGAAAGCUGUCCCGAAGCGACAUGUUUGAUUGGAAAGCCAUGCUUGCAUCGGAAUAAUGUGAAAGGCGGGGGUGGUAAUGGAAAUGAAAUUCUUAAACGAUCUGAUAGUGUCGGACAAGUUUCAAAUAAUUUCUCUUUGGAAACGAAGCAAUCAUAUCAUCGAUGGUACUCCGAACGUCACAUCAAUGCCAAAGGAACACAAGAGAAGUCGUCUUCAGGACUUCGUAGCAACAAAAUGGAAAGCGAAUCAAUGCACUCAUCAUUCUCACUCAACAAUGGUUCUUUAAUUAGUAAAUCUAGUUACGCUACUUGUAAUUUACAAUUAAAUAACAAUUCAAGUAACUUAUCUCCUAAUGAUGCCAUCACAAAUCAACAACAUGCAAUGAUGAAAAGUAAUAACAUCAUCAAUAACACAUCAGAAUGCAGCAAUAAAGUUCAAUUAACAGCAAAUCCGAACCUUAAUAUUUUCGUAUCCGUAUCAUCGAAUGAGACAAACACCCACACAGAUGAUAUAAAGAACAAUAGCAGUAGUAGUGGCAACAGUGAUAAUUACAAAUCUCACUUGAUGGACGGGACACAAAAUUUUAAUUUGAACAAUAAACAACAACAUAUCUCAUGCCAACAACAACAACAACAACAACAACGGGAUUCUUCUUCAGCUUACAACAAUAAUCAGAUGAUGAACAAUAAUGAUAUGAAUGGAUCGACAUUGCCAUUAAAUUUAUGUCAAGUUCAACAAUCAAAUUUCUUUGCCAAUGGUCAUCAUAAGCCGCCACAACAGCCGAUAAUGGAUGAGAUGUCGAUAAAGAAGGAACAUGAUUCACCAAUGGAUAUUCUCGGUCAUCAUCAACUUCAUCAUCAUCAUCAUGAAAAGGAAUAUGAUGAAGACAAGAAAGAUGAAAGCAUUUUCAACACGACACUUGAUUUAUCGCAAGAAGACAUUCAACAGACGCUUAGCGCGAAUAUGCCAGUACAUCGAAAUGAAGAGUCGAUUGUUAAUGACACGAUAAGCUUUAUUGAGAAUUGUUCGUCGAGUGUUCAAGAAGAAGACGACACGUUUGUGAAUCUCGACGCAUUUGAUAUGUUGAUUGAACUGCCGGAACUUGAGUCGGGAAAGAAUAAUAUCAUCGCUAAGAACAGUCACGAUCAUUCACUUCACAUCACUGAGUUUUGUCCCGAUUGGUCUUUUGUAGAUGGCGGCGUGAAGAUUCUCAUAACCGGGCCAUGGUUGAUGGAAACAACUUACACAGCAUAUUUUGAUAAUAUUAACGUUCCAGCGACAGUCGUUCAGAAUGGCGUCUUAAAACUCUUUGCACCAAAGCAUGAGCCUGGUGUAUGUAAAGUUUGUAUCAGUGAUGGAUUCUCCUUCUCCAACAUGGUCGAUUUUGAAUAUAAACUUCAGCCAAAUUUUGAAUAUGGUCACAUUGAAAUUCUCUACAAGUUCAGCUUACAGAAUCGUCUCGAAGCGAUUAAUAACGAGUUGUGUGGUGUGAAGACGGAAACAAAUGAUAAGAAUGACAACUCAAAUUUAUUUGAAGAUCCUGACUUUGAGAAUUGUUUGAUUCAAUAUUGUAAGAAAUUCACAUCAACACGACAGUGGAGUUUAUCAAAGAAAGCUUCGCUUCCAUUCCGAAAGCUCAAUGGAAUGUCAAUUCUCCAUUUAACAGCAUUUCUUGGUUAUUCAAAUCUCGCAAAUCUUCUUCUCAAAUGGUCAAAUGAGAAUCCACAUCCAUUAAUUCGAUCGGAAAUCGAUGCUCGAUCACAAAAUAAAGACGGAAACACUCCACUGAUGCUGGCUGGAAUGAAUGGAUUUGUGGAAACUGCAAUCACGCUUUACAAAUGGGACAACAUGACUUUGAGAAUCAAAAACUUCAACCACAAGUCAAUGUUGGAUUUGUGUAUUCAAAAUAAUCACAUAGACAUCGUCAAUCAAAUCAAUUCGUUUGAGAAGGAAAGAAGACGAAAUGUAUCAAAGAUAUAUGAGAAUGGCUUUGAAGACGAGACGCUUAAUGAAAACGAGGAAGAAUCUGAUCGCAUAUUUCUUCGUCCUGGGGCUGUACAUUCGCCAUUGAAUAAUUUAAAUAAGCGAACUUCACUUGAUUUCAAUCACAACACAACUGACAGUCGCAGCACGAAAUCACGUAGCAUGUCACUUCCAGUUACGUACUCAGACUUAGAUUUGGAUAACAUCUUCUCAUCGGAUCAGGAAUCUUCCAACAGUUGCUUUCAGUCAUCCAACAGCUCAUUGUUGUCACCUUUGAGAAAAACUGAUUUCGCUUUUUGUGAAUUGACACGAUCUAAGACAAACAACAAUGUAGAGGAUAAAAAUCUUCAUCAAAGUUGUUCUUCCAUAUCAGAUGACGACGAUGGUGAUGAUGAUUUAAAUGAUUUAGUUAUGAGUGAACCGACAAACUCAAAGUCGUCGAUUGUAGGUGAACCGAAAGUCUUGAAUUUGGCUGAAAAGAUCAUCGCAGCGAUCCCCAAGAGAAUCAAGAAUGAAACCGAUGAAUCAAUGGCUUUAGAUAAUGAUAAUGACGAAAUGAACAUUCUUCUCAAUGACACGUCGUUUAUUGAUUCCAACUUUGAACAACAAUUCGAUUUCGCUUUUAAUGAUUAUCGAUAUGAGGAAAAUCGAACGCCAUGUUCAAGUCCGGCGAGUUCUGCGAGUGCACUUCAAAGUCCAUAUUCGAUGCAAGCUGACAUGAAUCCAAGAAGUCCACCAGUUACUGCCAAAGACUUUACACAAUUCUUUGAAGCUUCAAAUCCAGUCUCUCAAGCAUUUGAAGCUGAUUUUUCCGAACUCACACUCACUGACAAUGAACAACGUGAAUUAUAUCAGGCGGCAAAAUGCAUUCAAAAAGCUUAUCGAUCGUAUAAAGGACGAAAAAAAAUGGAAGAAAAAGAUUUGCAUGCACAUGGAACACGCAAAGACAAGGAGAAAAAUGCGGCGAUAAUAAUUCAGAAUUAUUAUCGACGAUACAAGGAAUAUGCUUAUUAUCGUGAGAUGACUCAUGCCGCUUUAGUCAUUCAAAACAAGUACAGAUCAUAUUGUGAAAGCAAAAGAUUUAAACAAUCACUCAACUCUGGUUGUGACGCUGUUUUAUCAUCAACUAGUUUAAGUACAUGUGACACGCUUGAAAAGCAGGAUUCAAGCAACGCUGCUGUUACUACAAAAGAUGGCAUGCAAAAUACCUCAGGUCUUAAACGAACAUAUUCGCAAUCAACACAGAAUCAAGCAGCUCGUAAAAUUCAACAAUUCAUGUUAACAGCUAAGAAUAAGCUUCAGAGAGAACGGGCCGAAAACGAGAGGCAGGCACGCCUUCGCAAGGAAUUGUCCCGAAUAAAUAUUGUGUCUCCCGAUCAUCAGCCCGAUCAAUAUUCUACCAACAACGGCUGCAUGUUAAGAAAUGUUGAAUGAACAAAAUUAAAUAUCUUGGAAGUUGAAGUGAUGAUUUUAUGAAACAUUCCAUCACAUUUUUAAGAAUUAUCAAGCUUUAUUUUACAUUUAUUUGAUAAUCAACUCUAGAUAGAUUCUAAAAGUAUUUAAUCUUAAACUUCUUCUACUUACCAAAUAAAAAAAUAAUUUUCCUUUUAUUUCUUUUGAUUGAAAUCUCACUGCAAAAGCCGUCCACAAAGAAAUAAAAAAUAAUUUACAGAUUGAAAACGUGAGGGAAAUAAAUAAAUCGCAAUUUUAAUGCCAACACUUUUUAAUGAUCAAAGCAAUGAUGACUUUAAAUAAAAGUUUUAAAAGUAUUUUCAAAAACUGACAUCAAUCAAUCAGUUGAUGAAUAAUAAAAAAAUUUACUCGCUAUUCUAAAAAUUUAUUUUUGAAUUAUCGAUGAAAUGAAAUUAAAGCAACAGUUUGAAAAGUUUUGUUAUGUUUUUAUGAUUAAUUUGAGCG